UUCUUAACGUUGUGGCUAACCGUCAGAGUUUGCUAGCAGCGUUUUGAUCUUACACCUGGGAAGACCCAUUGCCAGAAAAUCUCUCGUGUUGACGAAUCAAAGAGGCUAGCGGCGUCCGCAGCCCGGCUUCCGGCUUACAUCCCCACAGAUAUCGACUUCGACGGAAUCGUCGUCGUAUCUGCCGUCUGCUACAAGUACAUCUACGAUCCUUUGCGUGCAGGAGCGCCUCCUUGGAGCUGAGAUCCCCCAACUCUAAUAACUUGAAAAAUGAUUUCUCAAUUCGAAAUUAUUGGUGACAACAAGAUUGGCGUGCUUCCAAAGCAAGUUGAUCAACUCCAAAUGUGCCGUGACAUUGCUGCCAGCAAGGAUUUGCAAGAAAAUGACUCUUCUUUCAUGCUCGUUGACCUUGAUAAGAUUAUCGAGAGAUUCCAGCUUUGGAAGAGAGAGCUCCCGAUGAUUGAGCCAUUUUAUGCAGUCAAGUGCAACACUGAUUUGGUUCUUAUUCGCAUUCUUGCCUCUCUGGGAUGUGGAUUCGAUUGUGCUAGCAAAGAUGAAAUCGAUAUUGUUAUGGGGACCGGUGUUUCUGCGGAACGUAUCAUCUAUGCCAACCCAUGCAAAACACGCAGUUUUAUUGCUCACGCAAUGGACCGUGAUGUCAAAAUGAUGACUUUUGAUAACCCGGAGGAACUUCUUAAAAUUGCCAAGCUUCAUCCAAAUGCUGAAAUGAUCCUCCGCAUUGCUGUAUCUGACCCAACUGCUACGUGCCCACUCAAUUUGAAGUUUGGAGCCGACCCAAUUAUUGCUGCACCACAACUUCUUAAGACGGCUUCCGAAGAGGGAAUUAAUGUUGUUGGGAUUUCUUUCCACGUUGGAUCGGGAUGCAACGACGCAUCUGCCUACAGGAAUGCUCUUCAGCAUGCCAAGAACUUGUGUGAGAUUGGAGAAGGGCUCGGAUUCAAGAUGGAUAUUAUUGAUAUGGGUGGUGGAUUUCCAGGAGCCGAACAUCAUAACCCAUUCGAGAAGAUUGCCGAGACAAUUCGUGAUGCUCUUGAUGAGUUCUUUCCAGACACCAACAAGCGCCUGAUUGCUGAACCAGGAAGAUUUUUCGCAGCCGGUCCAUUUUCUCUUGUUGCAAACAUCAUUCAUGCCACCGAGGUUCCUGCUUCCAAAAUCACAAAGGAUCCAAAAGACUGCGCUGAUCAUGGAUACAUGUACUACAUCAACGACGGAGUCUACGGAUCGUUCAACUGCAUCCUCUUCGAUCAUGCUCAUCCAAUCGGAUCCCCGCUUUUUGACACUGAUCGCAACGAGAAGUUCAUGUCAACAAUCUGGGGGCCAACUUGCGACAGUCUAGAUCUUGUCGAGGAUAAGAAGUUGAUGCCAAAGAUGAAUGUUGGAGAAUGGCUCUACUAUCCGGACAUGGGAGCGUACACUCUUGCCGCUGCCACCACGUUCAAUGGAUUUUCGAAGCCUGUGCCGAUGUAUGUGAUGAGCGAGGAAAUGUGGGAGAGCAUUCGUGACUCAACUCAUGUUUGAUUCUUGUCUAAAUUAUUGUGUCGGAAAAUAAAUAUUCUUUUGUU